CUUGAUCUGAAGUCAAUCGGUGUUCAAGCAGCAAUGUUCACAAGUCCCUGGCCCGCUAGUCAUGGCGGCCGUUCUACAUCAGCACCGCUUUCUUUGUGAUAUUCACCACGUUGGUGGAGGACAACACGUAUUCGAUGACGCCAUGUUCCUGCUUCACAUGCAUGGAGAAAGAGUGAAUGCCAUGUCAGUAGCUAUCUAUUCUCGGGCUGUUUAGCCUUUCCAGCUCUCCCCUCAGGUCUAUAUAAACUCUUUCAUCCCCCCAUCAUCUCUCAACUUAGCCUUCUCUCAUCACAACCUCGCAACACAACCUCAGAUCAAGAUCACACUAAAUCAACUCUAUCUUCAAACCAAACCAAACCAAACCAACCAACACAAUGGAUUCCAUCAAGCAGGGCGCCAACUACGUUUCCGAGAAGGUCCAGCAGGCCACCAGUGGCACUGAGAAGGAGGCCAACAAGCAGGUCGCCAAGGACUCCGAUGCCUCCGUUGGCACUCGUGCCUCCGCUGCCAAGGAUGCCCUGGGCAACAAGAUGGACGAGAGCAAGCACGACGCCAAGGGCGAGGCCCACAAGCAGGCCAUCUAAACGAUCAUGGCAAUGAGAGCAAAUGUGGUGGAACAACAAAAGCAUGAAGCCCCUCCGCUGCU